AACCGCACUCAUUCACGAUAGCUUCACAGAAUCUGCUAGCUUCACAAACUUCACACAAUCUCACAAACUUCGUUGUGUAUCAAGUCGCUAGGCGAUUCGUUGGCUUCGCUGGGUAUAUCUGAUUCGUUGGCUUCUCUUUCAAACCACUGCUGGGUAUCAAUUCGUGGGCUUAUGCUGCUUAAACCGCUGUUUCGUGGGUUUACAGUCAGGUAAUUGGCCAGCCGUGUCUAUCGAGGGACUGGGUCAGUUAGAAUCUUCAAUUGCUCGUCGGGUUUAUUCACAAGAAGAGGCGAGGCAUUCUGCUCGUGGGGACUGGGUAUUAUCGUCGUCUUAUUCACGGAGCCAAGCAUCAAAGUGAAGAAUAUAGUCUAUCUUCAGAUAUAUAACAUGGAUCGUGCGACGUGGAUGUAUAAAUUACCGCGGGUCGCACAUGAGUAUGUUAUUGGGGUUAAUGAAUUCAUUUCAUGUGCGGUUGAGAACCUAAAGAAGAAAGGCACCGAACAUGGUAAAGAAGAAAUGAUCACAUGUCCCUGUCACGAUUGCUAUAAUUUGAAAAAGUAUCCGAAUGUCGAGACAGUGCGUGACCAUUUAUUCCGGCGUGGUUUCAUGAAAGAUUAUACUAAGUGGAUCUGGCAUGGUGAAGGAAUACAAUCGAGAAAAACAGAGACAAUUAGCAAAAAUAAUGAAAGUUCUGGAGAUGGUAUGGAUACAAAUAAAGAAGAUGAUGUAGAAAAUGACAGGGUCCAUGAGAUGAUCGAAGAUGUUGAAGAUCUUCUAAUGCACCAGCCGGAAGUUCUUGAACACUUGGUUGAUGACUCCAAAAAACUUCUGUAUCCCGGGUGCAGUGAUCAAUUUACGAGGUUGUCAACUACCCUUAAAUUGUGUAAGCUUAAAGUGAAGAAUGGGUGGAGUGACAAGAGUUUCACUGAAAUGCUAAAACUUCUGGCAGACAUUCUUCCUCUGAAAAAUGAGCUUCCCACUUCCACCUAUGAGGCGAAGAAGAUACUGUGUCCGAUGGGUAUGAAUGUGAAAAAGAUACAUGCAUGUCCAAAUCACUGUGUGUUGUUUCGCAACGAGCAUGAACAUCUACACGCCUGUCCAAAAUGCGGAGCAUCUAGGUUCAAGCGGGAGGGAAGUAAUUCUUCUUCUAAUGACAAGAAGAGGACUCCGAUCAAGGUUUUGCGUUAUCUGCCUAUAGUGGAACGAUUCAAACGACUCUUUGCAAAUGUAAAUGAUGCGAAGCUUUUGAGAUGGCAUGCUGAAGGAAGAAAAUCAGAUGGGAUGCUCCGACACCCAGCCGACUCACCACAAUGGAGAAGCAUUGAUGGAAAGUUUCCAGAAUUUGGUGGAGAACUUAGAAAUCUUCGACUUGGCCUUUGUGCGGAUGGCAUGAAUCCGUAUCGCACUCUAAGCUCGAAUCAUAGUACUUGGCCGGUUCUUUUAACCAUUUAUAACUUGCCUCCUUGGUUAUGCAUGAAGCGCAAGUACAUAAUGUUGGCGUUGCUAAUCCCCGGCCCUAAAGAGGCAGGGAAUAACAUAGAUGUUUAUCUUCAGCCACUUAUUGAAGAUCUAAUGUUAUUGUGGGAUCAAGGUGAGAGGAUAUAUGAUGCAUACAGCCAAACAAACUUCACCUUGCGUGCCAUGGUUUUUUGCACCAUAAGCGACUUUCCUGGCUAUGGAAAUCUUUCUGGGUACAGUGUCAAAGGAGCUAACGCUUGUCCGAUUUGUGAAGAUGCGACGAUUGAUAUUCGCUUACGUAAUUGCAAAAAAAAUGUAUACAUGGGUCAUCGUACUUUUCUUCCUCUUAACCACCCUUUUCGUAAGAGAAAAAGUGCUUUUGAUGGGACUAUCGAAACUCGGGUGGCUCGUUUACCUUUAACCGGGAAGGAGGUUUUUCAACGAGUCAAAGAUAUUGAUGUUGUGCUUGGGAAGUUAUAUAAAAAGCCAGCCACAAGUAGCGUCUGGAAGAAGAGAUCUAUUUUUUGGGAUCUUCCAUAUUGGGAACACUUGCAAGUCCGGCACUGUCUUGAUUUUAUGCAUAUUGAAAAAAAUGUUUGUGAAAGCAUUAUUGGAACUCUGUUGAAUAUACCUGGCAAGACAAAGGAUGGCAUUAAAGCUAGAUUAGACUUGCAAGAGAUGGGUAUUCGAGCAGAGUUAGCACCGCAACAAUCUGGUAAACGUACAUAUCUACCUCCUGCUUGUUUCACUUUGUCUAGAAAAGAGAAAAUCAGCUUGUGUGAGUGUUUAUCUACUGUGAAAGUUUCAUCUGGAUAUUCCUCGAACCCUAAAAACUUUGUCUCAAUGAAAGAUUUGAAGCUGAUAGGUAUGAAGUCACAUGAUUGUCACGUGUUAAUGCAACAUCUACUUCCUGUUGCAAUUCGAGGCAUAUUGCCCAAGCAUGUGAGACUGGUGAUCACGAAACUAUGUUUCUUCUUUAAUGCUAUAUGCAGUAAGGUCAUUGAUCCUAUGACAUUAGAUAAACUGCAAGCUGACAUUAUUGUCACACUUUGUGAAUUUGAAAUGUACUUCUUUCACUCAUUCUUUGACAUAAUGGUGCAUUUAGUUGUUCAUCUUGUGAGAGAGGUUAAGAUCUGUGGUCCCUUAUAUAUGCACCAAAUGUAUCCUUUCGAGAGAUUCUUGUGUAUCUUAAAAGCAUAUGUUAGAAAUCGACGUUUGCCCGAAGCCAGUAUAGUUGAAGGUUAUACGAUUGAAGAGACUAUUGGCUUUUGCACGGACUAUCUAGCAUCUAAUGAUCGAGUUGGAAUUCCAAUAUCUCGUCAUGAAGGAAGACUUCAAGGUCAGGGUACGUUGGGACAUAAAAUGAUAUCUCCUAGUGCUGAAAUGCUUGAUAGAGCCCAUUUAUUCGUAUUGCAACACAUGACUGAUGUCCAUCCCUACUUACAGGAGCACUUAGUCGAGAUUCGACAAGAACAUCCUUCUAAGAGUGGAAAAUGGGUUACAAAUGAACACAAUCGAUCAUUUGUUACCUGGUUUAGAGAUCGAGUGAUGUUGCAACAUUCAUCAAGUCAUUCUUCCGUUUCUAAUACAGUUAAAUGGCUAGCAUAUGGUCCUGACAUGCCAGUGAGAUCUUACCAGGCAUAUGAUGUUAAUGGGUAUACUUUCUAUACACAAUGUCAAGAUCAGAAAAGCACAGUGCAGAAUAGUGGAGUCUGUGUGGAAGCUUCUUCCACGGAAUUUGAUAGAGGCAAUUCCAUGACCUCACGAGAUAUAAAGAAGUCGUACUAUGGGGUGAUUGAAGAAAUUUGGGAACUUGACUACAGAGAUUUCAAGGUUGCUCUCUUUAAAUGUAAAUGGUUCGAUAUAAAGCGUGGUGUCCGGGUGGAUGACUUGGGUUUCACUUUAGUAGACUUUCUUCGUUUUGGCCAUGAGGAUGACCCGUUCAUUUUCGCUACACAGGUUAACCAAGUUUUUUAUAUUCGAGACCCCGCUGAUGGUAAGUGGUCCAUUGUUCUUCAAAGUAAACGACGCAUUGUUGGAAUUGACAAUGUUGAAGACGAGGAGGAGUAUAAUCAAUUUGACGAUAAUCCCCCUUUCUCCAUUGGUAUACAAACGACCACAUCUAAGGAAGACAAUGUAGAUAUAAAUUAUGCGCGUGAUGACCAUGAUGAAGGGGUAUGGAUUAAUGGUUAACUAUGAAUUUCAUGGAGUUCCUU